AUGGCCGCGUCCGCCGUGUCCGUCUGCUCCAGCGACCUGAGCUACGGCAGCCGGGUCUGUCUGUCCGGUUCCUGCGAUUCCUGCCCCGACUCCUGGCAGGGGGACGACUGCCCAGAGAGCUGCUGCGAGCCCCCCUGCUGCGCCCCCAGCUGCUGCGCCCCGGCCCCGUGCCUGACCCUGGUCUGCAGCCCAGUGAGCUGUGUGUCCAGCCCCUGCCAGUCAGUCUGCACCAGCACCUGCACGCCCUGGUGCUGCCAGCAAUCUAGCUGCCAGCCGGCUUGCUGCACCCCCUCCCCCUGCCAGCAGGCCUGCUGUGUGCCCGUGUGCUGCAAGCCCGUGUGCUGCAAGCCCGUGUGCUGUGUGCCCGUGUGCUCUGAGGCCUCCUCUUCAUGCUGCCAGCAGUCUAGCUGCCAGCCGGCUUGCUGCACCCCCUCCGCCUGCCAGCAGGUCUGUUGUGUGCCUGUGUGCUACAAGGCUGUGUGCUGUGAGCCUGUCUGCUCUGGGUCUUCCUCUUCAUGCUGCCAGCAGUCUAGCUGCCAGCCUGCUUGCUGCACCUCCUCCCCCUGCCAGCCGUCCUGCUGCAGACCUUCCUCCUGCGUGUCCCUCCUCUGCCGCCCCGUGUGCAGACCUGCCUGCUGUGCCCCCUCCUCCUCCUGCAAGCCCAGCUGCUGCCGCCCGGCCUCCUGCGUGUCCCUCCUCUGCCGCCCCGUGUGCAGACCUGCCUGCUGUGCCCCCUCCUCCUCCUGCCAGCCCAGCUGCUGCCGCCCAGCCUCCUGCGUGUCCCUCCUCUGUCGCCCUGCCUGCCCCCGCCCGGCCUGCUGUGGCCUCUCCUCGGGCCAGAAGUCCAGCUGCUGA